AUGCCGACCGACGUUUGGGCCAAGGCCGACGGCACCUCUUCGGAGGAAGAAGAGGAAUCCGAUGAUGAGUCCGGAGCCCCGGCAGCCACCACCCAGGAGGCCAAGUCCCAGGUGCUGCAGGAGAUCAAGCAGGUCACCCAUCAGUCCGAAGCCGUGGCCGCCCCGGCUCAAUCCGCCGAAAAAUCCGAGCAAGAGAAACGGGCCCUCGAGGAGCGACAACGACUUCUAGAAGCACAAAAAUCCGCCCAAGCCGCCCAGGCUGCGGCUAUGCAGCAAGCGGCGGCUUCUCGACAGGCCCAGCAAGCCGGCGAUGACGAACGUGCCCAGGCCGCGAAACGACAACAGGAAGAGGCGCUGAAAAAGGCGCAAGAAGCACAGCAGAAGGCCCAAGCCGAGGCCAAGGCACGACAAGAAGCUGCCCUGAAGCAAGCCCAGGAAGCCCAGGCCAAGGCCCAGUCUGAAGCCAAAGCCCGUCAAGAAGCCGCUCAGAAACAAGCCCAAGAAGCCCAAGCCAAGGCUCAAGCCGACGCCAAGGCUCGCCAGGAAGCCGCCCAGAAACAAGCCCAAGAAGCCCAGGCCAAGGCCCAAGCCGACGCGCAAGCCCGCGCCGCCCAGGCCAAGGCUCAGGCCGACGCGCUGGCCGCCCAGAGGCAAGCCGCCCAGCAGCAGAAGGCCGCUGCACAGCAGCAGAAGGCGGCUUCCCAGCAGCAGGCCCAGCCCCAGCAACAACAACAACAGCAGCAACUUGGCAAGGCGCCAGCCGUCAAGACCCAGGAACUGAACCUCGGCUCCCAGGCUACAAGCCACGCCGUCAAGCAGCCGCUCAAGGAGCCAGGCAAGCUCGCCGCCCCGGUCCCCGCCAAGCCCGACGCCCCGAAGGAGGCCGCCCAACUGCCCGGCAAUACGGCCCUUCGGCAAACCGCCAAGGCCCAAGAAUCCUCAAUGUCCGACGCCCCGCUCCAUCCCGUCCACACGGCCGCACUUGCAGGCGUCAACGCACAGAAGCCGCAGGUGAAGCAGGCCGGCGUGGAGGAGCGAUUCGCGGAAAAGGAAGAAGUCGCCCAGAUGACCCUCGAACGUGGGCCCGCCGGAAUCCGGCUCCAGGACGACACCUGCUGGCAAACGCAGAAGCGCGUCGCGCCCGAGAUCGACGUCCCAGCCGUCGGAAAGGUGACGAUCCCCGAGUUCAGCGAUGACCACGAGGUCAUGCGAACGAUCGUCGCCCAGCCGGCCGGCUUCCAGAAGGUCGCCUGGAACGAAUUCCCCGAGGAGAAGCAGGUCGAGCGCAUCCAGGCGCCGCGCGUCAAGGCCCAGGAGUGGAAGCCGGUAAACCAGGAAGAAAUGGAGGUGCUGCGCACCAACUACAACCCGGGGCGUGUGAGCGCCGUCUGGCCCCCACCCCAAGAAGAGAUCGUCAAGGACAAUGGAGCCGUGACGCGCGUCCGCGUUGGAGACGAUUUGGGAUGGAUCCAGCAGGAACAACACGAGGUCCCCCGCUUCCCCUCCCGCACCUCCCGGAUCAACCGCGCCUGGCCGCCGCCCGAGCACGAGGUCCAGACCCAGGAUGUGCACACCUCCCACUUGGGCCCCGUCGUCUGGCCCCCGCCCGAGUUUGAGGAAAAGGAGAAGGAGGCCGUCGACUCACUUCACAACACGCUUCCCGUCGGCCAUAUCGAUCGCCAGUGGCCGCCGGCGGCUCCGGAAUACACCAUGGUCCCGCAGCGCUCCCCGGUCGUCGACACCCAGCACGGACCGCAGGAGAUUUCCGAGACUGUCGUCACGACAACACAAGUCGUCCGCCAACCCAUGGCCGCCAAG